UCUCUUAGUUUCUUGCUCUCAGACGCUUGGUGAGCAGGGCAAAGGCAGGCCAGGGACCCACAGCAUGUGAGGGGCAGGAAGCAUGUCUGUGUGGGCAUCUGUCAGGAAGAAGGGAUGCCCAGUCUGGGCCAUGGUACAGGAAGGGCUAGAGCUAUAGAGAAGAGCAACUGGCAUGUGCACAGAUGGAUGGAUGGAUGGGCAGAUGGAAAUUGCCUGGUGAGAAGAGGAAGAGUGGAAGCAGGAACUGACUGACCAAGAAGUUCAAAGGUUGAUGCAGAAGGUGGUUACUGAACGCUAAGAGGAAGGCAGGCCAGCCUGAUCUCCCUCACCACCUGCUUCCCACGCCCAUCACUGGGUCCCUGGCCUCAGCUGUAUCCUGACUGCGUCAGCAAUGGAUGCCUUUCGGGGAGCACCCCGAUUUCUUGCCUAUCCCCGCACAUUCACAGUGCAGAGCGGGGAUAAUGCUGUACUGAAAUGGCAAGUGACUGGUGAACCACGUCCCAGCAUUGUCUGGGAGAAGGAUGGCUCUGAGCUGGAGUUGUCUGGCCGGAUAUUUGUGAUGGCUGAUGAAGAUGCAUAUAGCUUGCUGGUGUCUCAAGCUAACCCAACAGACAGUGGACGAUAUAUGUGCAAAGCUAAAAACAGUGUGGGUGAAACUUAUGCAGCUGUUACUCUCAAAGUGGAGACCACAGAACUGCAACCCAAGGGUAACCUUGAUGCCCAGCCUCCAAUCUUCCUCAAUAGGCCAAUCUCGGCCCAGGUGGCCCGAGGAGAGAAUGUGACUUUUGCCUGCAGGGUUUCAGGGCAGCUUUCAUGGGAAAAGGACGGGCGCAAACUUUCAGAUAUCUUUGAGAGCAGCCAUUACAAGGUGGCUGUAGAGCCUGGUGACUGGCACGCUCUGCACAUCUACAACGUCCGUCUCCCAGAUGCAGGUGUCUAUGUGUGCCGGGCACAAAACAGUUUUGGAGAGACCAUGGCUGCAGCUGUGCUCCUGGUGGAUUCUGUAGCAUGGCAUCCCCACGAUGAAUCCUUUCUGGAUGCUCCCACAAACUGCCAUUUCAAAAAGCGACCAGAGGCACAAGAGGAUAAGAGGCGAAGACAUCACACAGAACAAAAUGGGCUACCAGAAUCCAGGCAGAAUGGGGAGGUCUUCCCCAGUCUACCUACUACAAAAGCCUUUACUGUGAAUGAAGGGAAACAUGCCAAGUUUCGCUGCUAUGUCACUGGCAAACCCAAGCCAGAGAUUGUCUGGAAGAAGGACGGGAAGGUAUUGUCCCCUGGGAGGAGACACCUGCUCUAUGAGGACCGGGAGGGCUACUUCAUACUCAAGGUCCUUUACUGCACGGCACGGGACUGUGGGCUCUAUGUGUGCACAGCCUGCAACACAGCUGGUCAGACCCUCAGUUCUGUGAGACUCUAUGUUAAAGAACCCCGAGUGCGGUUCCAGGCACCUUUGGUGGAUGUGGAAGUGCUGGAGAGCCAAGAUGCGAUACUAGAGUGCCAAGUGCCUGUAGCGACCAUCCCUACAGUGUGGUAUCUUGAAGAUAAGCGACUGCAUCCCAGUCCCAAGUACCUGAUAGAGGAACAGGGCUUGCUGCGGCGGCUGACUGUGCGGGAUGCCCGGGCUGACGAUGAUGGUAUCUACCUCUGUGAGAUGGAGGGCAAGGGCCGCAGCAUUGGAGAGCUCUCAGUGCAAGGUCUGAUAGUGAAGCGGUUGCCACGAAAGCUUGAUGUGAUGGAAGGAGAAAAUGCUGCCUUUUAUGUGGAAACACGGGAACCUGUGGAAGUACCAAGCUGGGACCGCAAUGGGCAGGAAUUGUUGGAAGCGCCACACACCCUCAUCAGAAGCUUUGGCAAAACCCAUCUCCUUGUGCUAGUGCAUGUGUCACGGCACGAUGCCGGAGUCAUCACUUUCACAGCUGGCAAGUCACAAACCUCAGCACAGCUCCGUGUCAAAUGUGCCAAGAGAAUCCCACCAAGUGUGCCUGUGGCAGCAAGGAUGUGCACUUCACGCAGCAAUGCUGCUCUCCUAACCUGGUGUCCACCACCUGACAUGCACCGGAGUCCACCAAGCAGUUAUAUCAUUGAGAGGCAGGCCUUGGGAGAGGCUGAUUGGGUGUCAUGCCUGACCACUGAUGUUGCCAGCAUGGUUGAAGUUCCAGGUGAUGGUGUGCCGCAGGAAGGAGACUACUGUUUCCGUGUGUGUUCUGCCAAUCAGUAUGGAUGUAGUGAAUAUGUGGAAUUCUCAGGUUCUGUUCAUCUUGUGCCCAAGGCCCGUGUACAAAGAGGACUGCAAGAUGUUACAGUUCACACUGGUGAGGAUGCUACUUUUUCAGUCCAGCUUUCAGUCAACAUAUCAGGUUGCUGGUUCUUCAAUGGAAGAAAGUUAGAAAAGGAAGAAGAAGACCAGCAGUACCAGAUCACACACUGUGGAAUAGACCAUGCCUUGAAAAUUAGUCAAGUACAGCUAUCUGCCAAUGGGUUUGAGGUUCGAUUUGAGGCUAAUGGUGUAAAGGAAUGUGCCAUUUUGCAUGUGCAAGUUGCAACUGCCAAUGUUCCCUCACCAGCCUUGUAG